AGUUUCAGCUUCCUUCCAACUCCCACCUACAACCCACACUCCCUACAACCCAGAGCCAAUCUCUAUGACAUCCACUUUUUACCACUAUACCUCUUUGCCCUCGGAUGAAAACUCAAGGGAGCAAAUGCAGGGGCACUACAACAUACCACUGUGGCUGAGUAUCCUGCUGGCCCUGCUUGGGACAGGUCUGGUAGUGGCCAUGGCAUUGGCCAUAAUCUUCUAUAAUCAGGCUCACAGCCUGGCUUGCAUGGAUGGUUUCAAAAUGGAGCAGGAGUGUCAAAAUGUCACCAACUCCCUGAAGAGCAAGCUGGCCCAGACCCAGGAAAUCUUACUGAAGACUGAGGCCCAGGCUGCCACUUACAACCAGACUGCGGUGACCCUGAUGGCUUCCCUGAAGGUGGAACAGGCUCAGGGCCAAAUGCUACAGAAGCAAGUGCAAGAGCUUCAAAAGGAGAUUAAGACAUUGAAGCAGAAUCUGCAGGACACGACCCAGAAGCUGCAGGACACAACCCAGAAGCUGAAUCAACUAAGAAAAGAUCAUGAAAGUUCCGGCCCUGGCAAAGGCCCUACCGACUCUGGGAACACCCUCAGCCUCUCUAUGAUCUCUAUGCUCCUGACCCUGAGCCUCCUGGAUCUGCUGGCCUGAGGUCCCAGGAAGCUGGCAGGUCACAACCUGGACUGGUUCCGGCUCUUCUUCCCUGACCUGGCCAGUUUUGAGGGGCCACACGACAGCACGGUUGGGGGGCAGGGGACAGUUUGGAGGGAGUGGAGGAGGGUUCAGGUGGCAGGGGAUGGUUCAUGGGGCAGCCUUGGGGGUGGAGAAGCAUCCGAGUUGGCAGGUCAUGGAGUGGGGGGCAUCUGCUUUUUGUUGUUAAUUGUUCUGGAAGGUCACUUUGUUCUGGGGUCUUUGGGUACCAAAAAGUAAACAUUCCUUUUUGGGGGAGCGGACCUUA